AGCAUGCCCCGCGCCGCCGCCGCUGCCGCCGCCGCCGCCGCCGCGCCGCGGCUUGAGGGCGGGAGGCUGGGGGAGGGUAGCGGAGCCGGCGCCGCCGCCAUGUUGGGUCUGAGGCGGCUGCUGUAGGCGCCGACGGAGCGAGCGGACUUGAGGAGCGGCGACAGCGACGUGGGAUCUGCCUCUCUGCGAGCGGCCGGGAGCGGCGGCGGCGGCGGCGCCAUGAGCGGGGGCACCCCUUACAUCGGCAGCAAGAUCAGCCUUAUCUCCAAGGCGGAGAUCCGCUACGAGGGCAUCCUCUACACCAUCGACACCGAGAACUCCACCGUAGCUCUCGCCAAAGUUCGAUCCUUUGGUACAGAAGACAGACCAACAGAUCGUCCAAUACCACCUCGUGAUGAAGUCUUUGAAUACAUCAUAUUCCGUGGGAGUGAUAUUAAAGACCUCACUGUUUGUGAGCCACCAAAACCACAAUGUUCUUUGCCUCAGGACCCAGCUAUCGUUCAGUCUUCACUAGGCUCAUCUACUUCUUCAUUCCAGUCAGUGGGUUCCUAUGGACCUUUUGGCAGGAUGUCGACAUACAGUCAGUUCAGUCCAAGUUCAUUAGUGGGGCAGCAGUUUGGUGCUGUUGGUGUUGCUGGAAGCUCUUUGACAUCCUUUGGAACAGAAACAUCAAACAGUGGUACCCUAUCCCAAAGUAGUGCAGUUGGUUCUGCCUUUACACAGGAUACAAGAUCUCUAAAAACACAGUUAUCUCAAGGUCGUUCAAGCCCUCAGUUAGACCCUUUGAGAAAAAGCCCAACCAUGGAACAAGCAGUACAGACCGCCUCGGCCCACUUACCUGCUCCAGCACCUGUUGGGAGGAGGAGCCCUGUAUCAACCAGGCCUUUACCAUCUACCAGCCAAAAAGCAAUAGAGAAUCAAGAGCACAGGCGAGCUGAAGUACACAAAGUUUCAAGACCAGAAAAUGAGCAACUCAGAAAUGAUAGCAAGAGACAAAUCGUUCCAGGUGCUCCUUCAGCUCCAAGAAGAGGACGUGGGGGUCAUCGAGGUGGCAGGGGACGAUUUGGUAUCCGACGAGAUGGUCCAAUGAAGUUUGAGAAAGACUUUGACUUUGAAAGUGCGAAUGCACAAUUUAACAAGGAGGAAAUUGACAGAGAGUUUCAUAAUAAACUUAAAUUGAAAGAAGAUAAACUUGAGAAGCAGGAAAAGCCUGUAAAUGGUGAAGAUAAAGGAGACUCAGGAGUUGAUACCCAAAACAGUGAAGGAAAUGCAGAUGAAGAAGAUCCACUCGGACCUAAUUGCUACUAUGAUAAAACCAAAUCCUUCUUUGAUAAUAUUUCUUGUGAUGAUAAUAGAGAACGGAGACCAACCUGGGCUGAGGAAAGAAGAUUAAAUGCCGAAACAUUUGGAAUCCCACUUCGUCCAAACCGUGGCCGUGGCGGUUACAGAGGCAGAGGAGGUCUUGGUUUCCGUGGUGGCCGAGGGCGUGGUGGUGGCAGAGGUGGUACCUUCACUACCCCUCGAGGAUUUCGUGGUGGAUUCAGAGGAGGUCGUGGGGGCAGGGAGUUUGCAGAUUUUGAAUACAGAAAAACCACAGCUUUUGGACCCUAAAAUAGGUCUGGAUUGAUCGUACAGCUUUCUGAAAGAAAGACAACAAAGUUGCUGCGUAGUCUACAGACAAGUCUUUGAAAGUAGGUGAAUUUCUAGCUCUUCAUGGUCCUGAGAAUUGGUUCCGGUCUUUGAGAAGAAGGAAGAGGUGAAUCCGCUGUAUAUUUGUCACCAGCACUGGGUGUUUGUUUGUGUGUUUUUUUCUGCUUAAUUUCAAAGAUCCAAUGCAGUUACUUUGGGGGGGGAGGGGGGGGGCGGGAAGGCUCAUCUUAAAAAAUGAGCAUUAAAUAUAUUUGGAAUAGCAGAAGGUUAAGUAAUUUCUUAUGUAUAGUUAAACUACAACAGUACUUCAAUGGGACUUAUAAGUAUUUUUUCAUCACUGAAAGGAUUUUUCUUAUCACUAAAUUGUAUUUGGCAAUGAUUGUAAGUUGCCUGCAGAUAGGGCCGUGAUACUGUGUUUUGAGCCACAGAAGGUUGUGUGUGUGUGUGUGUGUGUGUGUGUGUGUGUAUCUUUCUCUCUUUGUUUCUUUCUUUUUGGAAAUCCUGUAAUAUCUAUCCCUUUUGAGGUAGCUUAUUUCGUCAAUUAAUUAGGGUGCUGGAUGGUAGAGAAUUUUGUCAGUCAACUAUGUAAACACAGUAAAUACUGUUUCUUAGGCAAAGGUAACUUUUUUAUAUAGUUGUAAAAUUCCAUUAUAUUCCAUUGCCAAAGAAACAUUAAGAACUUUGUAUAGCUGUAUAAAAAGCAACUAAUUUUUUAAAGAAUAAACAUUUUAAAGUCAGCAAACAAACUGUGUCCUUGCAGAAGUUGAUGUGCUGAGGAGCAGAGCUAUGGGUGGUGGGUCUUUUUUCAUAGUUUUCCAGGCUUGAGAUUUCUGAUUUUGAUUUUUUUUUUUUUUUUAAUGUUUGGAACACAAAUGAAGAUUUGAUACAUUUCUUCCAUUACCUGAAAAGGAUAAAUUGCUCAUACUCAUUGUAAGAACUUCAUUUUAUAACAAAUGGCAUAUCACAGGAUUUGUCCAAAUAAUAAAUAUUUUCAGUAUAUGAAUGUAAAUAAUCAUAGAUAAGAAUGUACUUAGCUGUAUUUUCAAAUAAGCACCCUCCCCUUUUUUAAGACAAUAAAACUGGGCAUCAAUUAACCUGUU